GAACCUACGUAGAAAAAAUGUUCCUCUCCGAAAUGUCCGGAAAUAUAAUCGAUCUCUGUCCGGUCGGAGCUUUGACCAGCAAACCCUACGCUUUCGUAGCCCGACCCUGGGAAAAUCGACGAACUGAAAGCAUUGAUGUACAUGAUGCUGUCGGAAGCAAUAUUGUCGUUACUCAUCGAACUGGAGAAGUACUCAGAAUUCUUCCCCGUGAGAAUGAGCAAGUAAACGAAGAAUGGAUAUCGGAUAAAGUUCGUUUUGCCUGCGAUGGCCUCAAACGUCAAAGGCUCGUCACACCAAUGAUGAAAGUCAACGGCAAACUGCAAAACGUUGAAUGGGAAGACGCUCUCGUUUCGGUUUCCAGAGCCCUGCAAGAUUUGUCAAAGGACAAAUGUGCCGUAAUUGCUGGUAAAAUGGCAGACGCGGAAUCACUAAUGGCGAUGAAAGAUUUGUUGAACAAACUUGGAAGUGAUUUAUUAGCGACCGAGCAAAAUUUUCACGCGGAGGGAGCAGGAAUCGAUCUGAGAAGUAGUUAUCUUCUGAAUAAUAAAAUUAAGAGUCUCGAGGAUUCGGACGUUGUCUUGUUAAUCGGGACGAAUCCGAGAUUUGAGGCCCCGCUGGUGAAUACUCGUUUGAGGAAAGGAUAUCUGCACGCGGAGCUAACUAUUGGACUCAUCGGACCCAAAGUUGAUUUAACGUACAAGUACGAGCACCUCGGUCAAUCAACCGAUACGAUAACUCAGUUGAAGAACGGCACGCAUCCUUUCAGUGAGACUCUCAAGAAUGCCAAAAAACCAAUUGUGAUUUUGGGAGCUGAUCAAUUAAGUCGAAAGGAUGGAGCUAAGAUCCUUGCCGAGACACAAGAAUUGGCUAAGAUUAUCGGAGAAAAAGCAAACACUCCUCCUGAGUGGAAAGUACUUAAUGUCCUUCACACGAACGCUUCUCAAGUAGGUGCGUUGGAUCUCGGGUAUGGAUCUACCAUAGAGGAAGUAAAGAAAGCAGAGCCUAGGUGUCUCUUCCUCUUGGGAGCGGAUGAUGCAAACAUUGAGAAAGUGGACUUUGGAAAAUCGUAUAUCGUUUAUAUUGGAAGUCAUGGCGAUCGUGGCGCGGCAAUGGCGGAUGUCGUUCUUUGUGGUGCGGCCUACACGGAGAAAAAUGCCAGUUUUGCUAAUACGGAAGGCAGAGCUCAGCAAACUAAUGCAGCAAUUACACCACCUGGAAUGGCUCGACCUGACUGGAAAAUCAUCCGAGCACUUUCUGAAAUUUCUGGAAACUGUUUACCGUAUGACACUUUGGCGGAGGUACGUUCUAGAAUCGAGGAGGUAGCGCCACAUUUAGUAAGAUACGGCGAUGUAGAGCCGGCAAACUACAUUAAAGAAGCAGUCGAACUAGCAAAGGAAACCGGAGGAUCUUUCUUGCCAGAUCCUUUGGAAGUUCGGCACAAGACCCUAGAUCAGUUUUUCAUGACGGACGCAGUAGCACGAGCGUCACCAACAAUGGCAAAGUGUGUACAGGCUGCCCUAAAACAGCGGCAAUCCCAAGUGUAAGAUCAAAAAAAAAAAAAAAAGUUUGAAAGGACCAUGUAAAUAGAUGGGAUUCUGUUAUAAUAACAGUAAAGUUGCAAUCAAGUGCAAGAAGAAUAAAAAAAAAAUAAAAUUUAAAAAAAAAUCUCAAGAACCUAUUCAAUCAAGUUUUGAAGGAAUUGUAACAGAAUUCCAUGGAAAGGAUCCCACUAGUUGGCUUACUUGUAUGAUAGUGACUGAUAUACUAAGUUAUUUAAAAUAAAAUGAAAGCAUUAUUUCGCAAA